CCAUCCCAAUUUGGUGCUCCCCAAACCUUCUUAACCAAAAACCAAACCCUCCUCUCUUCAUCCCACCUCGCCUCUCUCUCUCUAAAAAACAAGAGAAGAAAAGCUUCUUCUUCCCGGGGAAGACCCUCUUUCGCCGGAAAAUGAAGGAUUCCGGGGACUUUUCUGGAAAUGGAAGCUUUGGAAUAGAACAGAAGACGAGUAAAGAGAAGAAAAAACUUGAGGAAUCAGAGGCAAAGAAGAAGGUCCCGUUUUUUAAGCUCUUCGCCUUUGCUGAUAAAUGGGAUUGGGUUUUGAUGGCCAUUGGAUCGCUCGGAGCUUGCGCGCAUGGAGCUUCAGUUCCGGUUUUCUUCAUAUUCUUUGGGAAGCUUAUUAACAUUAUAGGGAUCGCUUACUUAUUUCCAAGAAGUGUUUCAGAUAGAGUGGCUAAGUAUUCGCUGGAUUUUGUGUACUUGGGGAUUGCAAUUUUGUUCUCGUCAUGGACAGAGGUUGCUUGCUGGAUGUACACGGGUGAGAGGCAGGCAAGGAAGAUGAGGUUGGCAUAUGUAAGGUCAAUGUUGAACCAAGACAUUAGCCUUUUCGACACUGAGGCUUCUACAGGGGAAGUCAUCUCUGCCAUCACAACUGAUAUUCUUGUUGUCCAAGACGCCAUCUCUGAGAAGGUGGGGAAUUUCAUGCACUACAUAAGCCGUUUCAUUGCAGGGUUUGCUAUUGGUUUUAUGCACGUCUGGCAGCUGAGUCUGGUUACACUGUCAAUAGUGCCCUUGAUUGCCAUAGCUGGGGGAAUCUAUGCAUAUAUUGCCACAGGUCUCAUGGCUAGGGUCAGGAAAUCCUAUGUCAAAGCUGGAGAGAUUGCUGAAGAGGUGAUUGGGAACGUGAGGACCGUCCAAGCAUUUGUUGGGGAAGAGAAAGCUGUUAGAUCGUAUAGGAGGGCAUUAUUGGAAACCUACAAGUACGGGAAGAAGGGUGGGCUCGCAAAGGGAGUGGGCCUUGGCUCCAUGCAUUGUGUGCUAUUUUGUUCUUGGGCGUUGCUUAUAUGGUUCACUAGCCUCGUGGUGCACAAGCACAUAGCAAAUGGAGGCGACGCCUUCACCACCAUGCUCAAUGUUGUUAUAAGUGGCCUGUCACUAGGGCAGGCAGCACCUGACAUAUCAGCCUUUGUCCGUGCUCGUGCGGCCGCCUACUCAAUCUUCCAAAUGAUAGAGAGGAAAACCGCGAGCAAGGAGAGCUCUAAGACUGGCAAAAGCCUCCAAAAGGUGGAGGGCCAUAUCCAGUUUAGAAAUGUGCAUUUUAGCUACCCAUCUCGACCUGAUGUGCCCAUCUUUGAGGGGCUCAGCCUCAACAUCCCGGCUGCUAAGGUGGUGGCACUAGUCGGUGGGAGCGGCUCCGGGAAGAGUACAGUGGUGUCACUGAUCGAGAGAUUCUAUGAGCCAAGAUCAGGCCACAUACUACUUGAUGGUGAGAACGUCAGGGGGCUCGAGCUCAAGUGGUUGCGAGGACAGAUCGGGUUGGUGAACCAAGAGCCAGCACUUUUCGCGACGAGCAUAAGGCAGAAUAUAUUGUAUGGGAAGGAUAAUGCCACCAUGGAUGAGAUCUUGCAAGCAGCAAAGCUCUCAGAUGCUGUCUCCUUUAUUAACAACCUACCAGACCGGUAUGAGACCCAGGUUGGUGAGAGAGGAAUCCAGUUAUCUGGUGGCCAGAAGCAAAGGAUAGCGAUCUCAAGAGCCAUUCUAAAGAACCCAUCAAUCCUACUCCUUGAUGAGGCCACUAGUGCUCUUGAUGCAGAGUCAGAGAAGAGUGUUCAGGAAGCUCUAGACCGAGUUAUGGUGGGGAGGACCACGGUUAUCGUGGCUCACCGACUCUCCACCAUAAGAAAUGCCGACAUGAUAGUGGUUCUCCAGGAGGGGAGAAUAGUCGAGAGUGGGACCCAUGAAGAACUCAUCUUGAACCCUGGUGGGGCCUACACCACACUUGUCCAUCUGCAGGAUGCGACUCACCAGGCCCACAGUGAUGGUGGCCCUGGCAUGGGGCAGCCCAACAGCAUGAAAUUCUCGCGCCAGCUCUCUCGAACAACCACGAGCUUCGGAACAAGCUUCCACUCGGACAAGGACACGUCGAACCGCUAUGGCCCGGACUUGAGUGAAACCCAUGUUAAGCCGAAGCCUGUGUCGCUGCGUCGCCUUUACUCAAUGGCCGCCCCAGACUGGGUUUUUGGCACGUUCGGGACUAUUGGUGCCAUCUUUGCCGGAGCACAAAUGCCAUUGUUUGCCUUGGGAGUAUCACAAGCACUUGUUGUGUACUACUCCGAUUGGGAUACGACACGUCGUGAGAUACGUAGGAUCGCGCUCUUGUUUUGUGCGGCUGCUGCUUUGACAGUGUUCUUCCACACAAUCGAGCAUCUGAGCUUUGGGAUCAUGGGGGAGCGGCUCACCCUUCGUGUCAGGGAGAAGAUGUUUGGAGCUAUUCUUAGAAACGAGAUUGGUUGGUUCGACAAUACGAACAACAAUAGUGCGAUGCUUGCAUCACGCUUGGAGUCUGAUGCUACUCUGCUAAGGACCAUAGUGGUGGACCGAUCCACUAUACUCCUUCAAAAUAUUGCCCUUGUCAUCACCUCCUUCAUCAUCGCCUUUAUGCUCAAUUGGCGUAUAGCCCUACUCAUGAUAGCCACCUACCCUUUACUCAUUAGCGGCCACAUUAGUGAGAAAUUGUUCAUGCAAGGCUAUGGAGGCAACCUGAGCAAGGCAUACCUCCAGGCCAACAUGCUCGCCGGUGAGGCUGUGAGCAACAUCCGUACAGUCACUGCCUUUUGCGCUGAGGAUAAGGUCAUCCACCUCUACACUGAGAGCCUCUCUAGCCCAACUCGCAGGUCGUUCCGUCGUGGCCAAAUCGCCGGCAUAUUCUAUGGAGUAUCUCAGUGCUUUCUUUUCUCUUCAUAUGGCCUUGCCCUAUGGUAUGGCUCUGUGCUCAUGCACCAGGGCCUAGCCUCUUUCAAGUCUAUAAUGAAGACCUUCAUGGUUUUAAUUGUGACGGCUUUGGCGAUGGGCGAAACCCUAGCCUUGGCUCCUGACCUCAUCAAGGGCAACCAGAUGGCUGCCUCUGUCUUUGAGAUCUUGGAUCGUCGCUCUGAAAUUGUGCAGGAUCCCUCUGCGGAGGAGCUCAGCCACGUAGAGGGCUCUAUUGAGCUCCUGCGUGUCUCCUUCUCGUACCCAUCUCGACCAGACGUCCGAAUAUUUUAUGAUUUCGACCUCAAGGUCAACCCUAGCCAGAGCAUGGCAUUAGUGGGAGCCAGUGGCUCUGGAAAGAGUUCUGUAUUGGCUCUGAUUCUGCGUUUUUACGAACCAACUGCCGGAAAGGUCCUCAUUGAUGGGAAGGAUAUCAGGAAGGUUCGGUUGAAGUCCUUGCGGCGACACAUUGGGCUGGUGCAACAGGAGCCAGCCCUGUUCGCUGCAUCAAUUUAUGAUAACAUAUUGUAUGGCAAGGAUGGGGCCACAGAGUCUGAUGUCCUGGAGGCGGCUAGGCUCGCCAAUGCCGACGGGUUCAUUGCUAGCCUGCCUGAUGGGUAUGCAACUAAAGUCGGGGAGAGAGGAGUUCAACUCUCGGGGGGACAAAAGCAAAGGGUGGCCAUAGCUAGGGCGGUGCUUAAGAACCCAGCGAUAUUGCUGUUGGACGAGGCCACAAGCGCGUUGGAUGCCGAGUCCGAGAGGGUGGUGCAACAAGCAUUGGAUCGGUUGAUGAAGAACCGAACUACGAUAAUGGUGGCGCACCGUUUAUCCACGAUACAGAGCGCGGAUGUUAUAUCUGUAUUGCAAGAUGGGAAGAUCAUUGAGCAGGGCAGCCAUGAAAGCCUUGCAGAGAACAAAAGUGGCGCUUAUUACAGGCUCAUACAUUUACAGCAGCAGGAACAACAAAACUACCACAAAUCACAUAACAGAUGAUAAUAGUUUUAUGAUCUUCUUCAUCCUUUUUUUGCCCCCUAUUUUUCCAUAGAUGUUUAUUUCUGUCAAUUUAUCUCCUUCUCUUUUUAUGGGACGAUUAAUGUAAUGGGUAUAAAAUAGCCAUUGUUGUUAUUAUUCCAUGGAACUAAUAAUGGCUAAUUAUUUGAGGGCUUGGAGAGCACUUGCAUGAUUGUAACACAA